AUGGCUCCACAAGGUUCCGAGAAGGUUGAUACCGACGCACCAGAGGUGGUAGUAUUUGUAGAUCCCACCUCACUGAUUACAGUAGUAGUCGUUGUAACAGGUCCAAUGAAACUUGAAGAUGAAAGCGUGAUUGAAGAUGAUGAUUCCUCUGAGAAACGAGAUGAGAAGAGGCUGGUUGUUGCGGGAAUGAUCAAUGUGGAAAGGAAUUCGGACGAUGAUGAAGAUGGGUUGAAUAUCGACGAAGAGCUUGAUAAUGUAGAUAGUGAGCUCGAUGAAGUAGAAGAUACGACUGUUUUGCUGGAGCUUGAAAAAGAUUCUGGAGAGAUUUCUAUUGAAGAUGAGGAUGGAGAUGGGGAAACAAUUAGCGACGACGAGGAUUGUGAUAUUGAUGAUGAUGUGGAGACUUCUACUGAAGAUGAGGAUGGCGUGGGAGAUAUCGCCUACGAUGAACUCGAAGAUACAAAGACCGAGGACGCUGUUAGCGUUGUUGAACUGGACAACGAUGGCGUGGGAGAUACGAUGGUCGGGACAGAAGUCGAGGAUGACGAGACCCUGGGUGUAGGACGGGAAAAACUUGAUAUGGGUGAGUCCCUAACCCUAGUAUCAGUACUGGAAGAGACCGUUGAUCUGGAUGAUGUUAUCGAAGUACUGAAUGAAGUUUGUGUUGGGGCUACAAGGGUCGAGACAGAACUCGAAGAUGAGGUCCUGGUCGAAGUACUGGAAGAGGUCGUUGAUUUGGAUGAUGAUGGAGAUACAAUAACCGAACUGGAGCUAGGAGAUGCAGUUAUCGAAGUUGAGCGAGAACUGGAUGACGACGUCAAUGAGGUCGUUGUUAAAGAUCUAUUGAUGAUGGAUGAUUGA